AUGUCCUCGAUGUCGACCGCAGUCCCGCGCACGUCGGCGUCGCACGCCGCCGCGUGCGUCGCCGCGCGGCCGGCGCUCAGGGGCCGCCUCGCCCGCGCGCGCGUCGCGACCGCGCGCGCAGAUAACGUGAAGACGUCCACGAUCGGUCUCGGAGACCGUCGCGCGCGCCGGCGCGUGUGCGUUCGCGCGGACGCGGACGCGGACGACUUGAAGUCGCUCGAGCCCGACGUGGACCCGGAGGCGGUGUCGCCCGAGGACUACGCCCUCGUCGUCGAGCUCCUCGACAGCGACACCGGCGAGGAGGUGAAGGAGAAGGUCGACCUCAUCGCGAAGAACGGUCUCCUCACGAAAGGCGUCGUCGACGCCGCGCGCGUCGUCGUCGAGCAGAACGAAGCCGCGGGGCAAGACGCGGACAUCAUCGCCCUCCUCGCGAGCGUGCACGCCGUCCUGCUCAGGAAGUUCAAAGAGAUGGCGGUCCCGGGCGCGAAAGCCGCGCUGGAGUUUGGCUCGACGCUCAUGGACGUGUUCUCCGCGGAGGACUUGGAGGCGAUGGAAGCGGGGGACGUGCCCGUCGGCAUCGGAAGGGUGAAGCUCAUGAUGCAGGAGGAAUUCGACAAGGAGGACGGGACUGGGGUGAACAAGCUGCUGUUCGCGCAGUAUCUCGACGAGGUCCUCCCCGUGAUGUCGCUCCAGGACGAGCGGCUGCGGAAGAAGAUGGAAGAGGCGCCGGACACGGAAACCGCGCAGAGGCUCGUCGUCGUGAUGAUGAACCGCACGAAGGAGCGGUUGAAAGUUGAGGCGCUGCGGGACCUCGCGCGCGAGUUGUGA